AUGUCAGGCUUGUCCUUUGGCCAUGACGAAAGCCAUGACAAAGCUACCAAGAUCUCACAACCCACCGAUGAUGAUUGCAAAGGUCGUAUCGGCUGUGUCUGCUGCAGAGAGGUCAUUCUAGACGAAAGCGAUAGAAAGCCGGUCCAUGUCAACCUCGGCGGUCCCGAAGACAUUGCUCUGAACGGCAGCUUCGUCUCAUUCCUGGCAAAGAAGAAACUGAUCGUGUCGCAACGCUACAUGAGUGCCACUUCCAUGCAAUACCUACGAAAUAACGUAUCGAAUGAGCGCUUGUACGAGAAGCAGCUGAACGGUGCGAGUAUCUUGUUCAAACCAAAGAACAAGUAUCAGUUCUUCUGGCGUGAGGGACGCCUGUUCAUGCUCACGGUCGAGAAGUCGAUGAGAAUGGGCCCUGGCUCGAUAAGCAUGGAGGACAGCUAG